UCCCACAGGAACGAGCAAACAAACAAACGCAUCACCCACCCCCUCCCCUCACCACUCCACCAGCAAGGCAGCAGCAAGCACAAGCAGAGCACCGCCGCACAAGAGCCCAGCAUACAUACUCUUGAACCAAGGGAGGGGGCGAGGAGGAGCUACAUACAUACAAGAUCCGUCCAUCAGAGGAUGGAAGACGGGGCCGAGGGGAGGGGGGCGAGGCUCGGCGUGCUCAAGGUGAUGGUGGCGCAGGGGACCAACCUCGCCAUCAGGGACUUCACCUCCAGCGACCCCUACGUCGUCGUCCGCCUCGCAGACAAGAGCGCAAAGACAAAAGUCAUCAACAGUUGCCUCAAUCCAGUUUGGAACGAGGAGAUGGUCUUCUCCGUCAAGGAACCUUUAGGGAUCAUCAAAUUUGAGGUGUUCGACCGGGACCGGUUCAAGUACGACGACAAGAUGGGCCACGCCUUCCUCGACCUGCAGCCGAUGGCCGCGGCGACCAAGCUGCAGCGCGCGCUCAAGCUCACCAAGGGGGAGACCAGGCUCCGGAAGGUGCCCCCGACCGCCGACAACUGCCUGCUCUCCGACAGCUUCGUCACGUACGCCGACGGCGAGAUCGUGCUCGACUCCCGGCUGCGGCUGCGCGACGUCGAGUCCGGGGAGCUCUUCAUCACCGUCAAGUGGAUCGAAGCCGACGCCAAGUGACGCGCGCAGCUGUUGCUGCCGGUAGAUGAGAAUGAGAUGGCCGUGGCCUCUAGUUACUGUCUGUUAUGUAGUAGUAGUAACUCAUGUUUUCAGGCAGUUCUUAACCCAACAAGUUGUGUGCAGUGCAGUGAUCUGAUGCUUUCUGGAUUCUUAUUUUUGUUUGUUUGUUUGAUAAUCAUGGGAAGCCUGGCGCUUUAAAUGUCACUAGUGGACCUAUUGCGUCAAAUGACGCUGAGACCCGUUGAAUCCUGAGAAAGUCCAUGUAUUAGUUGGUUUA